UGCAAACGAGGCCCAGCACAAGGAGGGAAGAUGGCGGGGACCAGGGAGGGCAGCGCCAGGCCUGGGAAACCGGCGGCCAAAGAGCCGCAGCCGCUCGUAAUUGCCAAAACUGCAGCGGAGGAGCAGCGGCUUAGGUUGGAGAGACUCAUGAGAAACCCUGAUAAGCCUGUACCAAUCCCAGAGAGACCAAAGGAAUGGAACCCACGUGCUCCUCCAGAGUUUGUCCGAGACGUAAUGGGUUCGAGUGCUGGAGCUGGCAGCGGGGAGUUCCACGUGUACAGACACCUGCGGCGCAGAGAGUACCAGAGGCAGGAGUGCAUGGAUACCAUGAGUGAAAAGCAAAAGCUGGACAAGGAGUACCAGGAGAAGCUACAGAAGAACAAUCAGGCAACAGCAGAGAGGACAGCCAAGCGCAGGAAGAAACGGCAAAAGUUAAAGGAGAAGAAGCUGAUGGCACAGAAAGCUAAACUCGAGGAAGGGAAGGAUGGAGAUGGCGAUAGUGGCUCAAAUUCUGCAUCCAGCAGUGACAAGGUCCCCAGGAAGGAGGGUGACGAUGAUGCAGAGGAGCCCAGCUUUGUUAUGGGGGGGAGGUGACAGUGAUGUAGAGGAGCCUGGGGGGGGGGGGGGGGGGUGAUGCUCUGGACAUGUUUCUGAUAACUCCACACCCUGCCAGGAAUGAGGUGCCCAAUAACCUCUCCACUUCUCACUGCAAAUCAAGAGUGUCACCUGAAGCAGUUUCUUUAUCUUUUGAACCCAUUUUCCACAGAUCACAUUGGCCAUUUGCUGGACAUGCCAAGAAUUUUGGAAAACAUUUGUAUGGUUAGACAAAUCUUAAAAACAGCAACCAAGUGAGUUAAGCCCGGUACCCCUUGCCCGAUGCGAUCAAUUGCGAUUUAUUUUUUCAGUCGCAUCGGACAGUGUGUUAUGUUUGAGAUUUUUCAGGAUUGGCUGAAUGAUGUCAGUCGGCUUGUAAAGUUUAAACAUGUUUUUUGCAAUUUGAUUCCUGGGCAGUGUAUGUACCUGGCAUAAGUCGGAGAAUUGAUGUCUCUCCUGGUGUCGGUCUCAUUGAUUGUGACCCAUAUGAAAUAGAGAUCUGUUUCUGUUCAGGGCAGCAUGAACUGAGCUGCUGAUGGAAGUCAGGUGUACACCAGUACCUCCUGCUCGCUUGCUCAGGACCACAUUCAUUGAUAUGUCUGUGUGUUACCAGCAUCAUGAAGUUGUUGUUGUGUGUGUUUUUUUUUUGUUUUUUUUUAAUAAAGUUUCCAAUAUUUUUAUUUCAAUGUAGUUAUGUAGUGCCUUUCAUACCAUAGUAUCUCAAAGUGCUUUACAUGUCAGUUUAAACAGAAAGAAGUACAGUAAUACAUUGCAAAUCCGAACGUCAAUUAUCCAGACUGAUGAUUAAUCUGAACGACGUUGAUGUCCCCUGAGAUUCUGUAGUACUGUAGGCCCUGUAUGUAUCUUCAGCCAAUCAGAGAUGUAACGGGGCAGUAUGCAGUUUUCAGUCCUGUAUACUGCCCUGUUACAUUCUGUACAGUGAUGUUGUUACUGAACAGCUUGAGGCAGAUCUGCAGUAUAUUACUGUGCAGCGGUGCUUGGGUAGACUGAGGCAACAGGUUUUCACUGCGUUGCUGUUGCAUCAUGCUGGUUUCCUGUGACAUAUGCAAGGUCAGUCUCCCAGCGGAUAAGAACAGCAGGUGCCCUUCCUGCUUAGGGCCAAAGUGCAAGACAGGCACUCGCUGACUGCAGCUUCUGCAAGUUUUGUGCGACUUUUUCUAAGAGCACGCUUGAAAAGCAUGUGUCUCUCAGCUCUGAAGAGAUGUCCAUUCCUCUUGGGCAAGGCCCUUCCCCAUCGCCUGCUAAAGACGUUUCUGCGUCCUCUAGAUGGCUCGGUGCCAAGGCAGAGUAAGAAAACUGCAAGAGUCCACAUAAGAAGCCGUCCCUACUGUCUUCAUCUUCCUCUGCCUCCCCUUCUCCACCUCCUCCUGCUCCUAAAAAGAGGAAGAGGAAGUCACCAUUCUAAGAGAUUGACUGACUGAUCAAAUGGAGCAACUCUGGGCAGCUGUUUCCUCAUCAGGACAAAGUGCUUGCUGAGCUGCUGUGUGAGCACAGUGCUCCGUCUGGCCUACCUGUUCGAUUGGAAAAACACAGUGCUUUAAAUACAGACUGGCACCUCGAGGAUAUGCUGUCCAUCACUGCCGCUAAUGAGGCUGGCAGCCCAGAGUAGGAGCUCUGAGGAGGUAGACUGUGACCCCAUUACCAGUUAAUGUAUCCCUGUUGGCAGAGCUGUUGUCAUUAAUUCAGAGGGCAACUGUAAAAUUGCAAGUGCCAUGGCCUGCGGAUGGGACAAGGAAACAGUCCAUCUGUGAUGAUGAGCCUGUUACGUCUACCUUGCCCGCCCCCCUCGCAGAGCACCCAGAUUUUGUUUUAGAAGUCCAAUCGUCAUGGGAUCACCCUGCUACAGCUCCGGCUGUUACCAGGUUGAUGGGCUCAUUGUACAACCUCCAUGACACAGAAAAAUUUGGUUUGUCUCACUUUCCUCCUGUAGAUACUGCAGUUGCCUAACUGGUGCAGGCACGUAAACUUAUGCUCUUGACCAAGGACUCUACCUGCCCUAACAAACAGUGUCGGGUCUCAGAAAAUAUUCUCAAGCGGGUUUACUCGCAUGGCUGGGUAGCUAUAACAGUAUAUUGGUAGCUUACCAGACCUGUUUAUUAAAGGCUCUCUCUGAGUCAUAGACCCUCACGGUAUUCUGUGACAUCACUUCUGACCCCACAUGUCCCAAGUCGCUCUCUUACAUCACAGGACGAAGGUCUAUUCAUUAUUCCAUGGAUACAGAGAAGAAAGUAAGGUGGCAGAGCGUUCAGCUUUAGAGUUGUGGAAUUUUCCGCCUCGAUUUGUAAGGGAGGCCCCAUCUCUUGCUGCUUUUAAAGUAAGAUUAAAAAUACAUUUUUGUAAUUUAGCAAAUGCAUCAUCCUAUUACUUAUUUUUGUCAUUUUUUUUAUAAUUUUAAUGUAUAUAAUUUAGAGGUAUUUUAUCAUCUUAUUAUUUUUUAUUAUUUCUCAGUUGUUUUGUGUAUAAUUUGUUAUUUUUUUCUGUAAAGUGCUUUAUAAGAAAUUGAUUGAUUUACACUCAUUUUGAGGUACUUAAAACACUGUUUUUGACAUGCUGGAAUAGAGGUUAGGUCAUACCAUAGUUGUUUAACUGUACCGAGAUCUGAGGAAAUUAAUAAAGUUGCAUCACUUUG